AUGCUGCACGGUGGCGUGGUCGCGCGGCUCUGGAAGCAGCGUUGCGUCCGCUGGUGGGUGGACCGCGAGCGCGUGUCGAGGCUGGCUCUGCAAAGGCUCGCUGCAGGGGAUCGCGUUCCGGGCGUGAUGCGGCUCAGGCAGAACACGGCUUGGCAUGCGCGCCGUGUGCCGCCUGGCGGGUUCACGGCGGCGUCCUCGGCGGCGCUGUCCUGGGUUGCUGCUGGGCACUGCCUGGGGCGGCUGGUGGCAUGCGGGCUCAGCGUGACGGAGCCCGUGCGUGUCACCGCGAUGUGCGAAAGCGUUGGCGUGGACUCGGAGUUGUCGGCCGAGGGCGUUGUGCUGGACUUUUCUGCCGCGGUGCGGGAUGAGGCGUGCGUCGACAAGGUUUCCGAGGAGUUUGCGGGGUCACAGGUCGUGCAGGCGCCGAAUGCAGAUGCAGAGGUGCAGACAGACGCUGUGCCGACGCUGUGCGUGACAGAAUCCAUGCAUGGCGAGAGCGAGGAUGUGGACGUGGAGGUAGUUGCCUGCCGCGUGGUCUCGCAGGCGCCGCUGGCUGGCGCACAGCGGGGCGGCAAGGAGGGCGAGGGCGACGGCGUCUCGCUGUUCGUACCCCUGGCGGAAGGCGAGCAGCUGCCAGAGCAGCUUGCCGACCCUGAGCCACUCUAUGACGAAUACGAGGACGGCGCCAAGAUCCGGGAAGGCGGCUUCUUGCAGGGCUACAACAGGCUGGUGUGGGGCGUCAUUCUGCUGCAGGCGGUCGGCGGCCUCGUGGUGGCGGCGGUGCUGAAGUACGCGGACAACCUGCUGAAGUGCUUCGGCAACGCGCUGUCCAUCUGCAUCAGCUGCAUGCUCUCCGCGGUGUUGCUGAGAGAAUUCGUGCCAGACAAGUUCUUCGUCUUCGGCACGCUGUUAGUUAUGCUGGCGACCUACGUGUACAGCAUCGGGGUGCCCGAAUUUGCACGGCUGCGAUGGAACCGCCUCUUCGGCGACACCCUGAAGACAAAAGUGGACGCGCUCGACGCCUAG